AAAUCUUCCGAAUGGAUGGAAAGUGCCACAUUUAGGCCUGCAGUCCAUCAAAACCCUUCUUCUAACACACUUUCCUUUACGUUCAUCCACUGGACUCUGUUUUUAUCAUGAUUUGAAGACUUUUUUUUCCCUUUCACAGGCGCAGAAACGAAGCUCAGGAUAAAGAGGAAGAAAGGAAACUCUAACUCUAAAAGAAACAUUUAGAACUGACAAUUUGAUGAAGCGGUCCUGAUUUGGACGCGAGACUCGCACCCUUGUUUAAAUCAUGGGUGACUGGAGCACCUUGGCAAAGCUCCUUGAUAAGGUGCAGGUGUACUCGACAGCCGGAGGUAAGCUGUGGCUCUCCGUCCUCUUCAUCUUCCGUAUCCUGGUGUUGGGAACGGCCGUGGAGUCUGCGUGGGGCGACGAGCAGUCGGCGUUCGAGUGCAACACUCAGCAGCCGGGCUGUGAAAACGUCUGCUACGACAAAUCCUUCCCUAUCUCGCACGUGCGCUUCUGGGUCCUGCAGAUUAUCUUCGUCUCGGUGCCGACGCUCCUCUACCUGGGCCAUGUGCUCUUCCUCAUGCACAAGGACGAGAAGCUGAAGAAGAAGGAAGAGAGGCUGCGGAAAGCGGAGAGGGAAGGGAGCAACGUCCACGCUCGGCUUCACAAGAUCCUGGCCAAGAAGUUCAAGUACGGUUUGGAGGAACCUGGAAAGAUUAAAAUGAGAGGAGCCUUGUUUUAUACCUACAUCAUAAGCGUGGUGUUGAAAUCGGUCUUCGAGGUGGCGUUCCUGCUCAUACAGUGGUACCUUUACGGAUUCCAUUUAUCAGCCGUAUACACGUGCGAGAGGUUCCCUUGCCCGCAUAAAGUGGAUUGCUUCCUGUCUCGUCCGACGGAGAAAACCGUGUUCAUCAUGUUCAUGCUGGUGGUGUCGUUAAUCUCGCUUUGCCUUAACGUCUUUGAGUUUUUCUAUGCCAUCUUCAAGAGGAUGAAGGAUCAUUUCAAGGAGGCUGAGAAGCUGCUGGUCAUGGAGAGCACGAUCAGACCAUGUCCUCGAGAAGACAUGUCCAGCUACGGGUACCACUGCUCCGCUCCCGAGUCUAAUCUAGGCUACAACCUGGACGCAGCUGAUAAAUCCAAUUCCUCGGAUAAUUUUGACAAACAAGCCAAUGAGCAGAACUGGACUAACUACAGCACGGAGCAAAAUCAGCUCGGCCAGCGAGAUUAUUGCCCGUCUCAGACGUUUGUGUACCCACAGAAAAUGCCUUUAGGUAAAGACCUCAUGCUUCUUAAGCAGCUCGAUCCUCGUCCCCAGAGUCGCUCUAGCAGUCGUGCCCGGCCUGAUGACCUGGACAUCUAGGACUUUUAAUCUAUGAAUAUUCAAAUAUGCUAAAUGUUCUCUUUGAGAUGUUUUAAAUACUGUGAGCUACUCAGUCCUCAGUCUGACUUCAAUGCUUUAACGGGAUGUUGAGCUCUGAACUUUAUAAAGUAAAAAAAAAAAAAAAAAAUGAAUAGA